AUGCCCCAGUCUGUCCCUUUUGAGCGUCUUAUGUCUCCUAUCCCCCUAGCCGACUCCUGUCUCGCGCGUCCCCCACCCACCUCAACAUCCUCGCGUAGACGCUCAAAGCCCACAACUCGCUCCGUUCGCCGCCGCCGCGUAAACCCCCGCGUAGAGUCUCGUCCAACCCACUCAUUUGACGAUCUACCCUGGAUAUCCACCCUCGACGCGGCUCCGGAGCUCAUCAAUCCUUGGGAUAUUGCCGAUCUCUCUAUCAUCCCAGACUCACAUAUAUCCUCUUCUGGUCUAGGGCCAGUCCGCAGCCGAAAGUCCUCUCUCAGAUCCAGUCCUAUCGCCUCAAUCUCAAAUUUAUCUCCAUCUCCUCCUCUUCCUCUACGCGACACCUCUCUAUUCCCUCCCUCAAAUGUAUCAACACCCAGAUCUCGUUUCAUGCCUUCCAGAGUUCUCUUUCAUAACCUUAUGCCGGUUUCUUAUGACUCCCGUCCUGAACAGCCCCGCCCUUGUAUCACCAGCUCACACAUCAACUUUUGA